CCUUUGGGAUCGGAGCCAGAGGGGGUGGGGGAGGGCGACAGCGGCGGCGGCGGGUGCCGAGCAACGGCGGAAGACAACACCUGGCCGCAGCCUGGAAUCUGACUUGCUUUCCUUUCGGCUUUUCUAAGAGGCAGAUUGCUGUACGGUUCUGGGAAGGAUCCGGGACCAAGCCGGAGCCCCGCACGGGCUACCUGACGCCCUCGGCCACACCGCCUUCGCUGCCCCUCUUUCAACUGGCACCGCCGCCCAAGCAUCACCUCGUCGCAUCAGCGAAGAGAGGUGGCCACUUCGAGCCGGAGGCAGCCAGCGCGGGGAGAGGGACGGGCUGGGGGCGGGGGCCGAGAGCCGGCCAAGGCCGCCCUUGGAGAGGGGAGAGCCGGGCACCGCCGACCAGACGACCUGGCAGCCGCCCUCGUCCGCCCCCAUCCGCCAGAUGCACUCUUUCAUGAAUAUUUGAGAGCCGAAUUAUUGCUUCAAUAUUAUUUUAUCCACGCACACAUACAUAUUUAUUUUUAUCACCCCUUCUCCUCCUCACUCUCCCCCACCGCCCAUACGCCCCACGCCUACCUCGUCUCUGGUUGCAUGGCAGCACACGGGGGGGCUCAGGCCGGACCCCGGCGAGGAAGAGGAGGACGAGGAGGAUCAUGAAGCCCGGAGUCGCGACCUCGCUGGACCGCAGGCAGCAGCCCGAGGACCAGCCCGAGCAGCCCCAGCCCCGGAGGCACCCGGACGCCGACCAGCCGUCGCCUGUGCCGCUACAGCAUCAGCGGCGGACGCGGGCAGACCCCGAGCAGGAGGAGGAGGGCGACAACGACCCCGACGAGGACGAGGAGGAGGCGAGGCCACUCUCCCUCCUGGACCUGCCCUUCUCCCAGCCCUUGCACCUCGCCGGGAGGGACCUUUGAUGGAAGCACGGGAAGGGGUCCGCGGAUUGACAGGCUGCAGCAGGAGUGGGCUGGGGGCUGAAAUAAUGAAGGGUUCAGAAUCACUGAUUCACAGUUGUCAGCCCUGGGAGCAAUUUCUUUGCCGCUUGGAAAGGAUUGUACGAAGAGUGAGAGGAGAGAUUCUUUCUCUAACACAGAAACACUGUGGACCCCAAGCCCCACCCUAUUCACCUCUUCAAAGACUCCGGCUGCCCCUCUCGGGGCUCCCCGCUUCUGCUGGGCACGUGCUGAUGAUCCUGAGGGGGCUCCUCUGGUGCUGCUGUUUCCUGUGUGCACUGUGCGUCCCAGCCCCCCAGAUGUUGCGCCACCAGGGUCUCCUCAAGUGCCGCUGCCGCAUGCUCUUCAAUGACCUGAAGGUUUUCUUCCUGCGGCGCCCCCCUCCAGCGCCCCUGCCCAUGCACGGUGACCCCCACCUCCCCGGUUUGGCCGCCAACAACAAUACCCUCCCGGCUCUGGGUGCCGGAGGGUGGGCAGGCUGGAGGGGGCCCCGAGAAGUAGUGGGCAGGGAGACCCCUCCUCUGCCACCUCCACCACCGUCUUCUGUGGAAGAUGACUGGGGUGGCCCUGCCUCAGACCCACCUGCCUCGCUGCUCAGCAGUGCCUCCUCCGAUGACUUCUGCAAGGAGAAGGCCGAAGACCGCUACUCGCUGGGAAGCAGCUUGGACAGUGGUAUGAGGACUCCUCUCUGCCGCAUCUGUUUCCAGGGACCAGAACAGGGGGAGCUGCUGAGCCCGUGUCGCUGCGACGGCUCGGUCAAGUGCACGCACCAGCCGUGUCUCAUCAAGUGGAUCAGCGAGCGGGGCUGCUGGAGCUGCGAGCUGUGCUUCUACAAGUACCACGUCAUCGCCAUCAGCACCAAGAACCCGCUGCAGUGGCAGGCCAUCUCCCUGACAGUCAUUGAGAAGGUGCAGAUUGCAGCUGCCAUCUUGGGUUCCCUCUUCCUCAUCGCCAGUAUCUCUUGGCUCAUCUGGUCGACCUUCAGUCCGUCUGCAAAAUGGCAACGCCAAGACCUCCUUUUCCAGAUCUGCUAUGGGAUGUACGGCUUCAUGGACGUGGUGUGCAUAGGGCUCAUCAUCCACGAGGGCCCAUCGGUGUACCGCAUCUUCAAACGGUGGCAGGCUGUCAACCAGCAGUGGAAAGUGCUGAACUACGACAAGGCGAAGGACUUGGAGGAUCAAAAGUCAGGAGGCAGGACAAAUCUGCAGACUUCCUCAUCCACCCAGGCCAAUAUCCCCUCCUCAGAAGAGGAGGCAGCCGGCACCCCUGCGCGAGAGGAGGGCUCUGCCCGGGCUGCAAGCCACCCCUCAGGCGCUGUGUCCCAUCACCACUGUGCUUACACCAUUCUGCACAUCCUGAGUCACUUGAGACCUCAUGAACAGCGGAACACCCAGGGCGGUAGCCGAGAGCUUGUCAUGAGAGUCACUACCGUGUGAAACCGGGGCCCGGGAGGAAGGCUGAGACCUCGCACAGAGCAGGAGAGAGGCUGGGCCUGGAGGUGCCCAGGAGCAGGGCUGGGAGGCCAGAGCAGAUGGCCAGCAAAAGGUGGUAGCCUCGAGGGAGCCCAGGGCAGAGGGGUGGUGGGAGAGGCUGCUGCCUGGAGCACUUCUGUGACUUCCAAUCUGUCCAUGCCAUUCUCCAAUGGCAGCAGAAGAAAAAAAAAAAAAUCUCAACAACAGGUGAUACGAU